AUGGAGAGGAAGAGAAAGCUGCCGGCACGCGCCGCGGCGCGGGCUGAAGAAGCUGCGAAAAGGAGGACUAUGACUCCCCCAAAGAGAUCAGCAACUCCGGCACCCGCACCAGCACCCGAGCCUGAGCCUGAGCCUGAACCAGCUCCGAUCGUAGAUAUUGCCCCGCCACUUCCGAAAUCCAUCACCGCUGGCAAGCCACUACCUACAGUCGAUUCUCCCCAACCCGACGACCUCUCACGCUCCGAUUACCAGACCGUUACAGAGAGGCAUGGCAUCUUUGAGAAGUACUGGUCUAAGCCAACCAAGAAAAAGGGUGUCGUGAUCGAAGAGCCGAAUAAUCCGCCCAAGGAAAGCAUGACUAAGAUCGGUCAAGUCACCAUUACCGUCGAGCCACACGUCUUCGAAGCAACCAUGUUUGCUGUUAAAGACCCGAAGCCCCCUGCACCUCCACCCCCGACGGCUGAACGACCCAUUAUACAGUACGGCCCACCAAACGGAACGAUGCCACCACCACCCACGCCGACAUCAAAGGCGAUGACGCCCACAAACCCGUCAGGUCCCGUCCCAAGCACAACACAACCCCGGCCCGGGCCAGUAGAGACAAAACCGCCAGCUCCAUUACAAACCCCAACACAAACACCAACUCUGCCUUUGGCACGACCAAACAUGAACCAAGCAACGCCAGAUCAAUCAAGGUCUGCGCCACCUGUUCCUCCCAUGCCGGCAAGGCCAAUUGCUUCGCCGCGCGGAAUGGAGGCAGUCCUCUCACCUGGCACUGCAGCACCAUUGAACUCACAACCCUCCGCGGCUACACAACCCCAGCCGCCGCGGCCCACCCCUCCGCCAAAUCAAUCCCUUCCGUCAGGGCCGACAACAGGUGCACCGGCGGGUCCACGACCGGCAACCACGGUAGCCAACAACCCAGUGCCAAAUGGCACCUCUGCCACACCUGCUGGCGCAACGGCGAAACCCGCACCUGGCACUGAUCCGAUCAUCCUAAUGCUCGCAGAGAAGGCUGGGUCGGAUCCCCAACUCCGCGACCUUAUGAAACGCGUCGCGCAGGGGGAAGCAGCGAAACAUGAACUCGAGCGGUUUCAGGCCAUUAUUGACGCCAUCACCGCUGAGAGCAAACGAAAUGGAGGUACAUCAGGGCCGUCAGCAGACAGGCUCUUGGUUGAUGGGAGGACCGUGCGGUACUUCGCAGACGAAGUUCGCGCAAUUCUAGACAUCGUCUUCACGUCAAAUCCCAAACAAACCUCGGCCGACCUGCGGCCGCCGGUAGGGAGUGAUGCGCUCGUUGUCAUGCUGGUCAAGACCGCGCUCGACGAUCCCAAGACCCGCGAUAUAGUGCGGCGCAUCGCUGAGAACAAAACACAAUUUGCGGACGCCACGGAUCUCAAGGUCAUCCUCGACGGCCUGCGUACCAAGCUUAUCAAAGAGAAGGAACGUCAGCAGACGCAAUCACCGGUCCCGGCUUCGCCAGCAUCUACUAAACCCAAUGGUGCCCCCAACGGCUACACAGCCGUGUCUACUCCCGUCACGCAUUCACCCGCCCCGCAGACGGCACUUCGGUCCAAGGGUCCGCCGCCCCCGCCGCCAAAACCUGACAUCUCGGCUCUCGUAUUCGAGUUCACCGGCGGGACGGGCGACCGGUACCUCUUUCCGAAAUUCAGCCUCCUCGAGUACGUCCCGGUUCCCUCCGGGCAACAAGUAAUAGCCUCAUUUCUCCUCGUGCGGAAAGGUAGCAAGGCCGAGUACCCGAUGGCGGAUCCUUCGCUCGAUUACUACCAACCCCUAACGAUACGGCUUUUCACUCACGCCGGCCGUCACCUCGAGCAUCUCGCCCGGGUGGUUGCACCGCCAGAUGAGGUGCGGCGAUACAUGGACGAUGUGAUGGUCAAGAUGACGCGGGCGGAGUACAUCCUGCUGGCCAUGAGGUUGCCACGCCGCGAUGGGUCAGAGGACGACAAGGAGAACGAGCGGGAGGUCAAACAAUUAAAUGGCGGGCCAUUCAGGGACAAGGAGAACGGCCUUGAGGUAGUGCAGAAACCGGCACAGCAACCGCCUAGUGUGUUGUGGACUGCGAAACCCUCAAAAUCGGACAUGAAGGGCGUCGCAGGGAAAGGCAAGGCAUUCGGGAGGGUCAUGGAUGCCGACGACCACCAAUACCAAGGUUUCAUAGCGUCGGUCAGCCGCAAGGAGGUCUGA